GGAAGAGAGACGUUACGUAAAUACCGGUAUAAAACUGUUGCUUCGGGGCAUUCAUCAAAUCUCGCCAGCAUCUUUACGUCUUCGUUAUCGCCUCCGUCUGCCGUCACAAUGGUUAAAGAGAUAUCAAGUUUGGAGGAGUUUAAAGCAGAGCUGGCUGCCGCCGGGAACAAAUUGGUGGUGGUAGACUUUACAGCCCAGUGGUGUGGUCCCUGCAAAGCCAUGGCUCCCAAAUUUGAAAGAAUGGCAGAAGAAAACAAGGAUGUUAUUUUUUUGAAGGUGGAUGUUGAUGAUGCAGGGGAUGUGAGUGAAUUUUGUGAAAUUAAAUGUAUGCCAACAUUCUAUUUCUACAAAAAUGAACAAAAGGUGGACGAGUUCUCCGGGGCUAAUGAAGAUACUCUGCGGGCAAAAGUGGCACAGCACAAGUGAAGUUCUGAAAUAUUGUAACAUUCAUAUUUUUAGUAUGUCAGCCCUUCAUACUGGCGCUUUCAUUUGCUCCUCAUGUUACGGGAUGGUCUAGUGAGCAGUACGUGCUGACUGUUUAAACAGAAGCUGCAUCAUUACUGUGUGAAUGUCAUUAGCUUAGUAAGCCCAACAAUGUGUCAGUCAUGUCAUGUUUAUCAAGUUGGAUUUAAUAAAUUUUGUACAGUGUGGUGUACUUUAUCUAGCUUUGUUUUAAAGCAUAAGGUCUUCAAUAAAAAAAAUUUUCUUCUAGACUUAAAAACCUCUGUACCAACAUAAUAAAGGACAUUUUCAUAUUUAAGGGGAGACGCUACAGAUAAAAAAUAAUUUUGACCAGUUUGGGCUCAACAAACACAAGCUUUCAUGUGGAAACGGCAAAAUUGUCUAUUCUACACGUAAGAUUAGAUGUGUUAUUUCAUUUAAUCAAAUUGCAGCCAUAAUUUAUGACAAUAAUAAUAUAAUUUAUAAUAAUAAUAAUUUAUUUUCAUCCCUUCAAGCAGCACCUGUGUUUAAUU